UUUAGUGUUUUGUGAGCAGACAAUCAAAUGGCCUGUUGAAAAGUAGCCCACUAUGUAAUCCUUUAAUCACUUUAUGAGGAUAAAAGGAUCAUAUCAUAGGAAGUAGGCUAAUCUAUUAGCACAGGGGAUGCAAUAUGGACAUAUUUUGCUCCAGUCUCAGCAGACCACGGUGAAGGCGUCUCCCCCGUCCACCUCCUCCCUCAUCCCGGCGCAGAUCUGGGCCGUGCUGCUGCCGGUGUCCGCGGUGCUCUCUGCUCUCUCCCUCACCCUCCACCUGAGCUCCGUGGUGGUCUGCCUGCUCCACGGAUACUUCUCCACAGAGGUCUGCAGAGGAGAGCAGGACACUGACAGAGCCGACUGGUUCCUUUUAGAUAGCAGAGCUGUACGACACGUGGCUAUCGGACUGUUCUGCCUGGGAGUUACUGUCUACUUGGCAGCUAUGUCCAUCUUUAUGCUCCUCAUAUUUGAGGUGGAGACGGGCAUUGCGAGCGCUUGCAUUCUCUCCUCUGGGAUCUUAGUCCUACUGGUCGUUGUGAUCCACACUCUGGCCAAAGCUUCUCGCGGUGCCAAGCACUAUCACAACGACCGCCUCGACACCCUCUUCCAGAACGACCACGGCGUCAGCAACCCGCCCGUCUCCCGACACCGGGAACUCAAAAUUGGCGUGGACAGACCGCGGAUUCACCGAAGCCAGUCUCACAUCCAGCAGCAGAUCUCCUACCCUCAGUGUGGCAACCCGAGGCAGCAACAGUACCAGCAGCAGCAGUACUCUCCUCCUGGAGGCUCUCAGGGCCACGCUAGCGAUAAAGACGGCUACAGCAGCGGCGGCAGUGGUUCCCGAAUGCACAGGACCCUGUCUACUGAAUCUGGUUUACUGCAGGCUCAGGCUAAACCCUGGAAUGGGGUCAACAAUGAGAUGAGGAGCGUCCUCGCACGCAAGUCAGGGAUUUCCGCAAAAGACUCUACUCUUGUUUGACAUGAAGGAAGCUGAGCUUGUGGUUAAAGACACUGCUGAUCUGUGAGCGUCAAGUUCAAGAGGACUGCUAACACGAGUUUCAUUUCAAACAGAUAUAGAACUGUGUGUGUGACCUGUUCUCAGUAUGUUCAUCCUAGCUGAUCGCAGACAACAUGGGACACAGAUUAAAAAAAACAUACCCAAGUUUUCAACUUUAUCAACCGAUUUAUCCUGUUCAGAUUAUAAAGAAUUUUUCAUUUGAUGAAAAAACAUAUUGAACACAACUUUUGAAUCAUUUGUAGUGUUUUGGUGAAUGACCUUGAUUUAAAUCUCACCAGUGUUGCCCAAGUAUCAAUCUGGAAAAUGUAUAGCUUUAAUUGUAAUAAUGUGAAUACUUUAUUCUGCUGUAUAUGGUGGCUUUUUGCCAAAUAUUUGUGCACAAUGUGCAGAUGUGUUUUUGUUAUGUUUUGUUCGAUAUUUCAUGUCAACCAAUUAAUAAAUAUUAGAAAAUAUAAUUCAGUUUAAAAGCAGGAUGU